CAAUGUUUUCAAGCUAUCAGCUGUCAGUAGAUCGUAAACAAUAGAACCAUAAAGCACAUUUGUUUACAUUUGCCGAUGUGUGUGUCGACGGAGGUGUAAAUAUAGCUUUAGCAUCUGUCAUUUUUAUUUACAUAUUGUCGAAGCGACGCCAGAGAAAUUGAACCGCUCUAAACUGAUUUUAACAAGGCCUCUAUCAUUUAAACAACAGUUCUAGAUUGAACGUUCAGGUUAAUAAUUCUAACAAACGUGUGUGAUAACAUGUAUCCUUCCAAACGGCCCUUAAAAACCUAUACAAACAAGCUGCUUAGAAAGGUAGGCGGCCAGCGUGAUGAACAACACAACAACAAUGCCGAAGUAGAGCCAACAAUUAAAUAUGAAAUUUUUGUAGAAGAUUCGGAAGAUGAACAGGAACAAGGUACCUUGGCAACAAAUAAUGAAUCGCACUACACUGGAUUAACGAUGACUUGUUCCGACAUUGAAGACUCGUACGAAGCUUCUCUCGAUGGUUGUUCUGAAUCCCAGUCAAGCUACAGCAAAGAUCGUGAACAAUCGACGGAAAUGACGGAUGUAACAAGAGCAAAGAACGCAAUCCCCUCUAAAGAACCGUCAAUUGCCAAAGUCCUGGACAUCUUGACUACGGUAUCAGAGCAUAUUAAGGACAUGCAGGGUAAAACCGAAGCCAUCCAAAAAGAAGUGGCCAGCAUUUCGAAUCGAUUGGCGCUGGUCGAGAAAAAAGUGGGCAUUUCAUUAGCAACGAUGGAACAAGUGAAAGAUGUGAUAAUUACAAGCGAUGCAACUUUAGGCAACGAUGCCAGCAUAUCAACUGAGCCCCGUUUUGAAUUAAAACCAAUAACCAACGAAACGGAACUGAUGGAGUUUGAUUCCAAGCUUGGCGACGAUGGAGAAUAUUAUUCUAAUGUUAAAAAGUGGCUUAUAAUGCAAAUAACACUUUUAAACGUUGAAGAUCCAGAUAAUCGGAUGCAUAUAGCGAUGGAUUUGGUUUUCGACCGAACAUUUAUGCCUCUAUGCAGUUGGGCUGGUCGAUCGAAAAUACCUUUAAGAGAACGAAGGAACAUAUUGAAAUUGUUUGCUGAUAUCGGUAGCAAUGAGUAUUAUACCGUCAAUGAAUUAUUCGUGCAAAAGUUUUUCUUGAAAAAGUUGCCCUAUGCCAAACAUAGGAUUAACAUGAAAAAUAGUAAAAGUUCAUGCCAUAAGCGAAAAUCCACAUAUUCGUAAUUACUCGUUUGUUUGCGAUGAGAAUGUACAUAAAAAUAAGAAUAUGCAAUGUACAAACUUUAAUUAUGCACGCAAGCAUAGACAAUAGAUUUAUGAAAAAGUUCAGCAAUACCAUGAAUCGCUUCAGUGAACGAAAGAAACAAAUACGGAUAGCGCGAAGGUCCAGUCUAGUCUACUCCAUGGAGAAAACUAUGAAACUAGUGUCGCCGAUCUCAUACGAUACGACCGCUAUAAUUUCCCAUUCUGCAGUGGUAAAAUUAAGAAGCGUAAAGAAUCCUGGGAGAAUCCGCAUCACGUGGAAAAGUAAAAAUCUAUCGAAUGGAGCGAUAACCACAUGGAAAAGAGAAAGGACAAUUUCAAAUUACAGGAUGUCACCGUGUAG